ACGCAUUUCUAACAAAACCCUAUAAAAAUCACCGUUUGACAGCUGAAAGUGAGGUUAGGCACUUGCAUUGUGUAAAUAUGCAUUAUUUCAAUUAAAUAGUGGAAGAAAGUGUUUGUGAGUUGAAAAAUGGCUGCUUUGGCGUCGCUCACCGCCACUUACACCGACUCGGAGGGUGAAGAAGAGUUAAAUAAUGAGAAUACAGAGAGUCAGGGGGUUGCUAUUUUGACAACUCCGUCAGGGUCUCCUUCUGACAACAAAUCGACCAAUUCUUCGCGCCCCAACAGCCCUGCUCCAGUGCGUGUUAUAACAAAAGUGGCAAAAUUAGUGUCUUAUCACGAUGAUAAUAUCGCGUCCGACGAAGAAGCCGAACCUGACGAUGCAGUGCCCCAUCAUGAGGUGAUCAUGUUGACAGAGAACGAAACCUUGAAGCCUGAAGAGACCGAAACGAAUGAAGAUGGCGUACAAAUACCCCCUGAGCCCCCAGGCCACUGCUCGGCCGAUUUACAAGAAAAAAUCGCAAAGUUGUACGAAAAAAUGCAACACCAACAAUUGGACAUGAAUGCACUGAUUCAGAAACGCAAAGAUUUCCGAAAUCCGAGUAUUUAUGAGAAGUUGAUCCAGUUUUGUGCGAUAAAUGAAUUAGGCACAAAUUACCCUCCAACGAUUUACGACCCGUUAAAGUGGGAUAAGGAAUCCUAUUAUGAAGAACUAGCCAAAGUUCAAAAAGUUGAAAUGGACAAGCGGGAGAAGGAGCGAAAGUCUAAAGUUGAGUUCGUGUCAGGGACUAAAAAACAAGAAGAUGAUAAUAAAAAACGGAAAAGUAAGUGGGACCAACCUGGCGGAAAUUCCCUAGGAUCCCAAAAUAUUAAACCAGCUGGACUCAUACAACCUUCCCUAACGAGCAGUGCGACAGGGACCAAAGGAACAGUUAUUUCAGCUUUCGGAUCGUUACCCAAAAAACCUAGACCAUAGUUUGGUGUGUUUGUGUUUGUAAAUAAAUAAAUUAUAAGUGGAAAA